AUGGCAGACGCCUAUUUUAAAAAGGUAUCGGAACCUGCCUCCCAGGAGAUUGCUGAAGAGGUGAUGGCUAGCUCAUCAAGUGAUUCUGGGGAAGAAUCUGACAGCAGCAGCACUAGUAGCAGCAGCACUAGUUGCAGUAGCAGCAGCAGUAGCCUCAGUCGCUCACACAGGAAGAAGAGGGUACCUGGGCCUUCCAGAAGGGCGCGGCGGGCUCGGUCCGGUAACCAUUUUGUGGAUAGGCUGCCGCAGGCAGUUAGAAAUCGCGUGCAGGCACUCAGAAAUAUUCAAGAUGAAUGUGACAAGGUAGACGCCCUGUUCUUAAGGGCAAUUCAUGAUCUUGAAAGAAAAUAUGCUGAACUCAAUAAGCCUCUAUAUGAUAGGCGAUUUCAAAUCAUCAAUGCAGAAUAUGAACCUACAGAAGAAGAAUGUGAAUGGAAUUCAGAGGAUGAAGUGUUCAGCAGUGAUGAGGAGGUGGAGGAUGACACCCCUGGUGAAAUGCCUGCCCUAGAGGGUGAAGAAGAAGAUGAAGACCCUAAAGAAAAGCCUGAGGUAAAGGCUGAAGAAAAAGAAGUUCAUAAAGAAAUUCCUGAGGCAAAGGCUGAAGAAAAAGCAGAUUCUAAAGAUUUUUUGGAGGCAAAGCCUACUGUAAAAGCAGAUCCUAGAGAAGUCCCCCAGGCAAAGGCAGAAGAAAAAGAACAGCCUAAAGCAACAGAGGCAAAAGCAAGGACUGCAGUAAAAGAGGUUCCUAAAAGAGUUCCUGAGACAAGGCCUAAAGAAAGAAUUAAUCUUAAAAGAGCUCGUAAGGGAAAGCCUAAAAAAGAGGAUCCUAAAGGCAUUCCUGACUAUUGGUUGACUGUUUUAAAGAAUGUUGACAAGCUUGGGCCUAUGAUUCAGAAGUAUGAUGAGCCCAUUCUGAAAUUCUUGUCAGAUGUUAGCCUGAAGUUCUCAAAGCCUGGCCAGCCUAUAAGUUACCAAUUUGAAUUUCAUUUUCUACCCAAUCCAUACUUCAGAAAUGAGGUGCUGACAAAGACAUAUAUAAUAAAGUCAAAACCAGAUCACAACGAUCCCUUUUUCUCUUGGGGGUGGGAAAUUGAAGAUUGCAAAGGCUGUAAGAUCUAUUGGAGAAGAGGAAAGGAUGUUACUGUGACAACCACCCACAGUCGUACAACUGCUACUGGAGAAACUGAAAUCCAGCCAAGAGUGGUGCCCAAUGCAUCAUUCUUCAAUUUCUUCAGUCCUCCUGAGAUUCCUAAAAUUGGAAAGCUGGAACCACGAGAAGAUGCUAUCCUUGAUGAGGACUUUGCAAUUGGUCAAAUUUUACAUGAUAAUGUCAUCCUGAAAUCAAUCUAUUACUAUACAGGAGAAGCCAGUGGUACUUAUGAAGAUGGUAAAGAUUAUGGUAACAGAAAAUAUAGAAAAUAAAAAUAAGGCUGUCAGAAAGAUUGUUCAAGAACCACAAAACUUCAGGCAGAAGUGAAGCAGGUUUAUAUAGCCUUGGAAAAAACCCUGUGCUGUAACCUGAACAUUAUUAUUCCUUACAGUCUUGUGUUUUCGUAUUUUCUUGGUAGUCUAUUUAAAAAGUUGUCCUAAAAAGUGUCUAAGUAUUAGCUUAUUCUAUUUAGCCUGUUGUAGUUUAGUAUUCUUCAAAAUAUAUACACUGCUGUCAGUUAUCUAAAGCAUGUUAGUUUGGUGCUACAAAGUAUUG